GAUAAAACCCUAAAGGGUCAAGAGAAAACGCCACCGAAAGCUUCCAACACUUCCUUAUUAUUUUCACUCGCUCCCUCCAAUCAUAACUUCAACGCAGAUCGCCCAGCAACAUGCUUCAACCAGAAAACCAAGACCUCUACCGCUUCUUCACCGGCAACGGCGCCUUCAUCAACGUCGGAGUGCCAUACGGUUUCCCUGCAAACUGUGAUGAUCAGUUUCCUGCCGGGAUGCAAAGCUUCUGUAGUACUUCCAGCUCGUAUUAUCCCAGCUUGGAGAUGUCGGCUUUAUUAAAUUCGCCACCGCAGGAUAGAGCACUUGCCGCCCUGAAGAAUCAUAAAGAGGCUGAGAAGAGGAGGAGAGAGAGAAUCAACUCCCAUCUCGAUAAGCUGAGGAGUCUUCUUCCUUGUAAUUCUAAGACAGACAAAGCUUCAUUGCUGGCAAAGGUGGUCGAACGUGUUAAAGAGCUGAAAGAACAAACGUCACAAAUCACGGAACUGGAAACCUUCCCUUCCGAAACUGAUGAAAUCACCGUACUCUCCGGUGACCACAGUGAUGGCAGGAUAAUAUUCAAAGCCUCGUUGUGCUGUGAAGACCGCACCGACUUGAUGCCAGACCUUAUCGAGAUUCUAAAAUCUCUUCAUUUGACAACUCUAAGAGCAGAAAUGGCCACACUCGGCGGAAGAAUUCGAAAUGUUCUUAUUGUCGCCGCGGAUAAAGAUCACAGCAUUGAAUCAGUACAUUUCUUGCAAAAUGCCUUGAAAUCUUUGCUCGAGCGUUCAAGUUCUAGUGAUAAGUCCAAAAGGCGACGCAUAUUAGACCGCAAAAUAGUUAUGUAACAGUGAUUGCUCGAUCGAUAUUGGUACUCCAUUUCAUAUUUUUGUCGUUAGUUUUUGCAUUUUAUAUUUGAUAAAUGCUAUAAUUACAAAUAGAUUCUAAAAAAUAAGUCGGCAAACUGAUUAUUAUAUGAUUUUAUAUUAUACGUUAAAUUUAUUUUAUAAUAGAAAUAAAUUUAUAAUCUAACGUAUGAUAUAUAUAUAAAAUUAUAUCAAUCAGUCUAUUUAUUUUUAUAGAAUCUUUUUGUAGUUAAAAUAUUUUUAUCCUACAUGUUAUCUUCGGUCAUGAGCUAUCUUUAGUAUGUUUGAUGGGUUUGAUCAAAUGUUUCAACCCAUAAUUUCUUUUUCUUUAACAAAUUAUAGGCAUGUGUGUGACUUUAUAUAGAUCGGUGAGGUUUAACUGUUUAAGACCUCAUAAUUAUCUAGUGCAUGUGCAUGUAACAACAAUAUUGGUUUUGCAUAUAUAGAUAAGGUGGAAGACUAUAUUCUCAUGUAUUAGUACGAGAUGAUUUUAUGGUGAAAACUAAUCAUGUGUACGAGACGUAUGAGGAUUGGGUUUGUAUAGAAGAUUUGCUUAUGUAAGUUUCCAAGCUCAAUAUGAUCAAUACUAUAUUAUUUUCUCUCA